CAAAUUUGGGCAUUUCUUCAUUAAUUGUUUUCCAAAUGGGGUUCAGCUGUUUUAUUGAUUCAUGAAUAUUCGUGGUUUGAUGGGAUGAGAAGAAGACGGUUUUCUGUUUUUGGUAUUCUACAGAGAGCUUUGGCGAGUUAAAUCUGCCAAAAAGCUGGAGAUUCAAAGGUUUGACAGAACUCAGAAAUGGGUUUCGUUCGAGGAGAUUUGUGAGACUUUUUUUUACGAGAUCGCAGCGCAUUUCCAAUGGGAUUUUUCUUUUAAAAUUAUUUCACGGAUUUUGAACUUUUCCCAAGCUUUUUCUUUUCUUUCUUUUUCAUUUGUUUAUAUUUUCUCUCACUAAGUUUGUUCUUUCUUUCUCCCUCUCGUGAUACCUUCGGGUGCCAUUUUGUCAAUCUUUAUCUCUAUCUGCUUUAGUUCGUGAAGAACCCGAUUCCUCUGAAAUGAGGAACGAAUUCGCCUUUCCCUUUUUGGUUCUCUUUGAUGACUUUUUCGAUUUCUCUCUUUUCCUGUAUCUUUGAUUUCUCACCCACACCACUUCUCAAGCUCCUUCUGUGUCAAGCAAGGAAGAGGGAGAAGAGAAAUAUAGAGACAGUGAAGGAGAGAAACAGGGAGAAAGAGACAUAUGUAAACAAAAUUGGUUUUAUUUUCUUCGGAAAACGCGAAUCCCCCAGCCCCCCUUUUUUCGGUUUCCUUCCCGACGUUAUCGUCGUUAAACAAAAAUAAGGAAAAACAAACACCUACCCACCUUUCAUUUAGUCCGAUAGAUCAUCUCGGCUUUAAAUUCGCUUUCACUUCUUGGGUUCUUCUUCUUCUUCAGUUCUCAUUUCCUUUGUUCUGAGUGUUUCGAUUGUUAAAAUAGAAAUGUAAUGGAUCAAAACAAAGAUCUUUUAUUGUAAGUUGUAACUGAUAAACCAGGGUCGUUUUUCCUUUUUCUUUUUUAUCUUCUACUGAAGGACCUUGCUUGAUAGAGGAGCAGAAGAAUCUGGGGGUCACUCGAGAAAUUCUGUCUUUCGUUUUCUGAGGUUGGUUCAAUCAAUUGGGACCGUGGAAGGUGUUAUCCAUCGAUGUAAGCAACCCAGAAAUGGACAAGCCCCGAGAGUUGAGACGUACUAAGCGAUCUGGACACAAACUUAUCUCCGGUAAGGCUCUGAACGGUGCAGGGAAUGCGGAUUCUCCGGAAAGAUCGAAGAAGGAGAAAGUUAAAGGUUCCAAUCACGUAGGCAGAGGCGGCAGUUCAAGCAUCGAAGACAGCGAAAUGGUCGGCGGUUCUGAAGGAGAAGAGGAGCUCCGCCAACCGCUGCAACCACUGCCACCACCAACUACUGGUAGUAGCAAGAGGACAAAGUUUCCCAGAAAGUCAUUUGAUGAAUGCAAUGGCGUUGAUCCCACUGCUGUCCCACGGAAGCUACGGUCAGCUAUGAGCAAGCGUACUCGUGAAUCCAUGUCACCACCUUCCCUGGCAGCAAAGAAGCUGUGUGAUACCUUGAAUUUAAAUAGAAUUGAAACACCCCAAAUCAAUGGUGUGAAGAAAGUGAAACAGGGGAUGAAGCAAGUUGGUGGCUCAGACGGGUACUUGAAGCAUCCCAUCUCUGGACCUAUUACUAAGGACGAGGAAGAAGUCGUGGAGACUUUGUAUGCUUUGGCCAGAAUGGUCCCCGACAACCCUGUUGGGCAUCAAGUUGAUGAUAAAACUUCAGAAACUAAGUCUUCUUCAUUGCCAGAGGCUAAAGAGAGCUCAGUGCCUGCCUCUGAAGCUCCAGUAGAGGAACUCAAGAAAUUACCACUUGCCUCUAACACUACUGAGGCUAGCAAUACAGAAAGCUUGACUGGAGAUCCAGUAGUCAGCAACUUGACUGAGUGCACUACACCGGAGCAACCCUCCACUGAUAACCAGAAGUUUGGUAUAGGAUCAAGUGGUCCUCCGAUUCAUGCCGAUCUCCAUAGGGUUCCUUUGUUGUCUAAGACUGGUGAAAUGCCAUUUUGCAAUGCUGAGAGAUUGAGAGAUCCAUCUGAACUAUGCCCAAAUACUGGAUUGGUACAGCCAGAACAACAUGAUAACCAUCUUCUUAAGAGAAGAACAGAGAACAUGUUUUGGCCUGUUACAGGUAUUGAAGUGGAACAGGGACAACAGCAUCCUAUUAAUGGGACCAAAGACAAUGUGUCGUGUCUUGCAUGUACAGAAGGGGGUCCAGUUCUGUGGCCUGGUUUGUAUACAGCAGGAUUAUGUGUUGAUGGGCUUCAUCAGUCUUUACAACGGCCCUCUUCAACCAAAGCCCCAGCUUGGCUUGAUACAGCCACUUGUUCCAUUAGACCCAGCUCUGCAGAAAAUAUUGUUUCGACUGAAAAGGUUUCACCAGUGGUUGAGAGAAACCAGUCUUGGAAGAAAUGUGUAGCUCAUGUCUACAUAAGCCAUCUAAUACAGGCAUCCCGAACUGCUGAUGAGACUGGUAGGUUGUCAAUUCCUUCUCAUCAAUUGAAAGCAAAGGAAGGAAUGCAGUCAGGUCUUGUGGAAAACAGCAAUCCUAUGACGAGAGAUGGUUUGAAUGGGGUUAUCUCUGCCAGCACCAUUAAUGUUUCUCCUACUAAGAAGACUCUGAAUGAUCAGAGACUUGGUAUUCCAUUGGAGAAGAAGAUCCAGCAAGAUAAAAAAGAGGCUGCUACAACAUCUGGGAUGUAUGCUCAGCAGAAUCAGAAUUGUAAUUUUUUGUCCUUGGCAUCUGGUGAUGGUGGCUUAGAAGCUAGUUAUACCGACAAUAUUAACAAGAAGAGGGGAAGUAUUCUACUAGGGAAUGGAAUGGAGCAACCUGCACAACUGCAUGUUCCUUACCUACAUUCAAUUGUCCAGCACCAUCCACUCUUGCCUUUCUCCAUGCCGCAUACUCGUUAUUCCUCUAGUCCUUAUCCGGACCAGCUCACAGCAGCAGCAACAGGACAGCAGGUCCAAGUGCAACACCCUCAAUAUUUGGGCAGUCCAUUCUAUGGGCCACCUCAUUUGGGUCAUGCGGGCCUAGUGAAACAGCAGCAACACCCGCAAUCAGCUCAUAUGUGGGCAUCCCAGCUGGCAACACCCUAUAGAUCCACGGGAAUUCCUGGGUCCCAUUUGCCCAAAUGGCACAAUGGGAGACCGGAGACUACUACCCCUUUCAUCCCUUGUGCUCAAGAAAUCCAGCCUACAACUACACACACUUCAUUAGAAGUGGGACUCGGUGCCAACUGCUCUCCUGGCCAACAGCAACAGCACCUCUUUGCCCUGUCUUCAUCAUCCUCCCACAGAGGAAAGAAGCAGCAGCACCACCUUCCAAGCAGCUAUAACCAGGUUGGUGGUGGGUUCCAUUCGGAGAGCUCAUCUCACAAGCAGUUGCUUUGCAAAGCUGAGCAUGUGUAACUGGAAGGUAACCUGGUCUGCUGACGGACAAUGAUGAUCCAGAUGUAUGGAUGGGUUGAUUGUUUAAUUCUUUCUAUAUGCUUAUGCAAUCAGUGGGGUUUCACAGAGCAAGUCCUGAGCCUCAAGACUCAGCAUAGCAUACCCGGCACUGCCAGGGUAUUAUUCGCUUUUUUUCAUGACCUUUGGAAGAUUGGAAGUGUAAGAUGCGACUAUGUUUAUAAAGGAAAGCAGGGGUUGCUAAUUGGCAUAGACUUUUCGAGUUGCUAGUUGGGACAAUGGAUCAGACUAGGGAUUGGGAGAUUUGUAAUUGAAACAUUAAUACUUGAAACAACAAACAGUAUCGGCAGGAAUGUUGUAGUGUUGAACUCAUUUAUAUUGAGUUGUAGAAAGCCCAUGUUGUGGGGAUUCAAACAAAACGCUUCCUUCCCCUAA